AUGCCUGAUGAACAUUUGGAAUGGCGAAGGACGGCGCAGAUUAACGAGAUUUCAGCAGAAAAGAACAUUAACAUCACGGAUGAGCUCUUGGAACGUUAUUCUUCGUGGUAUGCAUUGCAGAAAGGUGUUUCCUGGUUACUACGUUUUCUAUCGUUUCUGCGACAAAGGAAGCACACCCGAAUACAGCAAAAGGCUCUGUCUGGAUGGUUGUUAGUUCGAGAAAUUCGUGUGGCGACAGUUAAAAUCGUGAAGUAUGUGCAGCAACAAUGUUUCCAGGACGAAAUACGGGUUCUAGAAAUGACCGCAGCUGACGGACAAGGAUCUUCGAAAGUGGAUCUCAUAAUGAAGAAAAGCAAACUGCGAAAGUUGAGUCCAAUCUUAGUUGACGGAGUAUUGCGAGUGGGGGGUCGACUCGAAAGGUCUUCGAUGUCAUUCGACCUUAAACACCCGAUGAUCUUGCCCCAACAUCAUCAUGUUACCGAGUUGAUCAUUCGCGACUAUCAUACAAGUGAAGGACAUAUAGGACCUACCCAAGUGUUGGCAAACAUCCGUCAGACAUUUUGGAUUAUCCAUGGUCCUACCGAGGUGCGACGAGUUAUCAAAGGUUGUAUCGAUUGUCAAAAACGAAAUGCAAAACCCGGAGAGCAGAUAAUGGCUCCUCUUCCUGAAGCAAGAAUCACUCCACUGAAUCCGCCGUUCACCUUCGUGGGAGUGGAUUACUUCGGUCCAUUUAUUGUCAGCCAAGGUCGGGCCCAGGUGAAACGAUACGGGUGUUUGUUUACCUGCCUGACGAUGAGGGCAGUACACAUUGAAAUCGCCCAUUCCCUGGAUGCGGAAUCCUUCCUUUGUGCUUUCAGUAGAUUCGUGAGUCGACGUGGACAACCAUCUGACGUCUAUAGUGAUAACGGCACCAACUUUACAGCAGCACAUUCCGCCCUCGAAGAAGAGUUUGAGAAACUUCGCGCCAAAUCUUCCCAGUCAACCAUCACAGAUCGUUUACGAAAGCAAUACAUUCAGUGGCACUUUAAUCCCCCUGCUGCCAGCCACAUGGGUGGCAUUUGGGAGAGGCUUAUUCGCUCGAUUCGACGAAUAUUGAAAGCCUUGUUACAAGGACAGAGAGUGAAUGACGAAUCCUUGGUGACGUUCAUGGCAGAGACGGAGAGAAUUCUGAACGAGCGUCCAUUGACCCGUCAAGAAGAUCAUCCGAAUGACCUUGAACCGUUAACCCCAAACAAGCUACUUCUCUUGCGAUCAGAGCAACCACCUCCUUUGGGAAGCUGGGUAGUCGCCGACAAGUUCUCUAAACGAUGGAGACAAGCUCAACAGCUCGCGAGUGCAUUCUGGAAAAGAUGGGUUAAAGAAUAUUUACCUCUACUCCAGGAACGACAGAAAUGGCUGACAGUAAAGCGAAAUUUACAACCCAAAGAUCUCGUGUUAUUGUUGGACGAGAGAUUGUGUCGAGAACAGUGGCCUCUUGGUAUUGUCGAAGAGGUGUAUCCUGAUAAGAAUGGUCGAGUACGACAAGUCCUGGUGCGCACAUCGAAGUCGAAGUUCAAAAGGGACAUUAGGAAAUUAUGUUUGUUGGAAGGAGACUGUUAA